AUGGGACAAGUAACCCUAUUACGCGAGUAUCGGCGUUCAGCCCCGGAGCAUGUGUCGAUCAGUCGAGAUGACUCUCAUGGCCUCCAUCUCAUUGAAUGCUGCAAUCCCAAUCUUGUCGAGACCAGCGACAUCAUUGAUGAGUGGGGAGGUGGCAUGAGAGACUUGUGUGCCAGUAGUACCACGCACUGCGUGCCCUUCAUCGCGCGGACGGGUCUUUUCAGUUUGCAAAUGAGGAUUUGCAUGAGCGCCGCAGAGAACGGAAUCUCUGGACCCGAGAUUCCGGCCGGGUGUCGACGACCUCCGAGAUGGAACCAGCCCGGCCGCAUAGACUUUACCGUCCUUUCCUUAUUUUCCACGCCUCUCCACCUUGUUUCCUUGUUCUCGCUGAGUUUCCAGAGACUUGCACAGAGUCCCAGUCGGUUGAGACUCGAAAUGGCUUCAUCUGUUUCACUGAUCAUGAGAGAAAGAAAAAAAUCAAAAUCAAAAAUCAAAAAGAAAAACAAAUUCUGA